UAUAUAAGAGUAGGGGAUGUAAAUUUACAUCCUUGUUUGUAAUUGCCCAUUGUCUUAUUAUAUAAGUGUUUUGCCACAACUGAUAAAUAGAAUAAGUGGCAUUUGAACAGGGCUUUAUUUCAAAAUUGUUUAUUUCACAGUUAUUCAGCAUAAAUUCAGUGCUAUUUCAAUGGCUUUUGCUGUGACUUCUCUUUCUGUGAAUCUAGCGUAAUAGUGAAAUUUUAAGUUUGUAAUGUUGUCAUGUGACAGCAGUGACUGUUACUACACAGUUUUAUGAGGUAUUUGUAUGGAACUUGUGGAACAAAUGGUAACUUUCUCUAUAAUGUGUCAAGUGAAAACUGGAACAUUGAUGAAAAUGUGGGUUUUGCUGUUUUUAUAGAGAAAUGAUGGAUUUUGACUUCUGGGCUUUGACGCUUCUGACACAGAGAUAUACAAAACUUAGUACAACACGACUUGUCGCAUCAAGUAAAGUUCUUCAUAGUGCCAUCCCAACACAGAAUUGUGACAUCAUUAUGACACUGCCAGCGAAAACUGAUGAUGUCACACUGAUGUGGCUUCUGGCUCGUCUACGAUCAAGGUCACCACAAAUACAUGUUCAUGUUCGCCACUGGAAGAAUACUGGAAUGUAUGCAUUUUACAUGACUGCAAAUUACGAGAACUUGCUGCGUGGGGCAGAGAUGCUGGGCAUAAGGAAGUCACUGAAGUCAGAGUUUGGUGGUGGCAAGCGUGAGUUUGUGUUUGAAGAUCAGCUGUGUUACCAUCGUAUCGAGGAUGAAACAACAUUCCUGACUAGCGAGGAGAGACAGAGCAUUGUUUACCAUCUACUGAUGAAUCUACGUGCUGGCCCUGGAGAGGUACUGGGAAAAGUGAAGUUCUUAGAGGGACAAGCCAUAGUGCCUUUACUGGAGACCAAAAAGAUUGUUUCUCAAGUAUUUCCACUGCAUGAGACAGCAACACUUGACAAUCUGAAAAAGUCUUGGGUUCAAACCAUUGUCAAGUUUCAACCACUUGGUAAGAUUUGUGAAUACUUUGGAGUGAAAGUUUCAAUGUAUUUUGCUUAUCUGGGUCAUUACACAUGGGCAUUGACAGCUCCAACACUUCUGGGUGUCAUAUUCUGGUUUAUACAGUCAAAAAAUCAGUUAAUGGAGGACCUGUGUUUUGUUACAUUUGCUUUAUUUAAUGUGUUCUGGGCCUCAGUGUACACGGAGCAUUGGCGGCGUAGAAGCUCAGAGCUGGCAUAUCAGUGGGGGACACUGGACAAGAAAGAUGAACUAUUACAAGAUCCGCGCCCACUUUAUACAGGGGAUCUUGUUCCCAGUCCAGUGACAGGUCGUUUGGAGCCCCACUACUCAGCAUGGAAACGUCAUCUAUUUCGUUACUGUGUUACAGUCCCAGUCAUACUAUUCUGCCUUAAUGUUGUUUUCUGUGUAAUGCUGUUGAUCUUCGAGCUUCAGGAGUGGGUCAAUGGACUUGUAAAAAGUGAAGAUAUUCCAUCAUUUUGUCAGUUUUUGCCAAAAAUUCUUUUAGCAGUUUCAAUUGGGGUUCUGGAUGAAAUUUACAAGAAGAUUGCCACUUGGCUCAAUGAUCAAGAAAAUUACAGAAUGGACGAGUCCUAUGAAAAUAACCUUAUUGUUAAAUUAGUGUUGUUUCAGUUUGUAAAUUCUUUCCUGUCACUGUUCUACAUUGCCUUCUACCUCCAAGACAUGGAUCGUCUUCGUGAUCAACUGGCAACAUUAAUGAUCACACGUCAAGUAAUUGGUAACAUACGUGAAGCACUUUUACCGUAUGUGUUAUGGAAGAUGAAGCUUAUGAAAGUUGGUUACAAUAUUACAGGACACAUGUCUCCAGAUACACUGAAGAAAGAAAUAAAAGGGUUGGGCCUGAGUGGAUCCUGUGAUUCUGACAAUGAAAAUGAGGAGGAUUCUGCCAAUGCUGGGACUCCAGGGACACCAGAUAGCUCUCCUAGCCCUGUGGAGGAGCCAGCUUGUUCGAGAGAAGUUCUCACAGAGGAGUGCCAAAAAGAUUGCUCCUCUACAGAGAAAGUAGCAGUAGAUCAAAGUUCAGAGCUGACACUGACACAAGCUGAGAUAGAAAGCACUAUGAGGAAGUAUGAAGACACCUUUGAUGAUUACCUGGAAAUGUUUAUACAGUAUGGCUAUGUGAUCUUGUUUUCGUCUGCUUUUCCAUUGGCUGCCUUAUUUGCUUUUCUGAACAACUUGAUAGAGAUUCGAAGUGAUGCUUUUAAGCUGUGUGUCUACCAUCAGCGGCCCUUUGGAAUGAGAGUACAGAAUAUUGGUAUCUGGCAGGAUGCAUUAAGAGUAAUGGGUCUUUUAGCAGUGGUUGUCAACAGUGCUUUGAUUGGUGUGUCAGGCCAGAUGACACGAAUGACCCCUGACCUUGACACUACAUCAACAAUUCUUGUUAUUCUGGCCCUUGAGCAUGCCAUUCUGGUACUGAAAAUGUUGUUCACGUAUGCCAUACCCAGUCAGCCACAGUGGAUUACACAAGAGUUAGCGAGGUUGGAGUUUCAGAGAAGAGAGGCCUUAAAGAGUCUAGAAUCACAUCUAACAUCACCUUUGGAUGUUCGAGUUGGUGAAUCAACAAAUAGAAUUUUAAGCCCCAGUAGCAACUCAAUGAGGGCAUUCUCAACACCAGAAAUUCCAGCACGACAUCACUCAUCAGAUUUGACAUUAUUAUCUGAGGAAUCUGGUCUUCCCUUUCAAAAUACACAAUCUCUAACCCAAACUAAAUCUCUGCUGUCAUUAUCUGAAAAUCUCGAAUCCUCACAGCGCUCACUUGCAUUGAAGUCCGAACAAUCUACCCUUAUUUCUCAAACACCAUCCACCAAAGAUGUGCCUUCUGUAUUCUUUGACUUGAAUAAUGACAAAUCUCCUACUCAAGAUAUUAACUCAUCUACAAAUGUGCAAUCUCUGGAAUGUCGGACAUUACAAGCCAAGAACCUUACUGCCAGGCCUAUGGCUGAUUGCCACGAGACUGGAUCUCGAAAAGUUUUAAGAACUUGUAUUCCUGUCAUUGAAACAAAGGAAAACGUCACUAUUAUAAGGCCAUGGGAAGGAUAUAGUCUCACAGAACAGGAAGCACGGAUGCAAACAAGACAAAGGAUUUUACAAAGUGCUAAAAUCAGACAAGAAGAGGAGGCUAAAUUGCUGCAAAGGAAAUCAGCUGGAAAUACAUAAAAUAUUGUGCAAACUUGUAGUGUUAUCUUGCCUCAGUAGGAGAUUCCAUCGUGGAACUAAUGUUAGGUAUCAGGUUAGCUUUAUGUGUAAUCAUUUUCAUCCAUUGUUAUUCAGUUUAGAUAUAUUUUUAGGUUGACUAUUCUAAGAACAAGGAGAGCUAUUAUACUCGCCUUGGCAUCUUUGUUGCUGUCAGUGUUGGUGUUGCCGUUGCAGUUAAAGUUUUGUGGCAAGCAUCUCAAUUUCACCAUUAUCUUCCUAACUUCUGCCCAUAUUAUCGUCAUACUUCAUAUAAGGGUUAUUUUUGGUAAGGAACACACAUCUGAUACUCAAGGAUCAGGUGUCCUAAAAGGUCAAGGUCACUGGGGCCAAAUAUAUUGCAAUAGAUCUGGUUAAAGUUUAAUGGCAUGCUUCUAAAUUUCACUAUUCUUAACUACAGACCCUAUAAUCAUGAAUCUCCGCAUAAGGAUUGAUAGUAAUAAGGGGAAGAUAUGUAUUGGUUUUGAUUUAAUAUCCUUCAAAUAUCUUUGGAAACAUUUUGAAUAGUUGAGUGCAUUGUCCUUCUGACAGCUCUGUUAUAUCUGUAGUACAGCAUCAUCUCAUUAUCAUCACUAUUAAUGACUUCAAGGAUUUUAGGGCCUUUGUCUUAGAUGCUAAGCUUCCAAGUGGGUAAGGUAGGAUUUAGAAGUUUGUCAUGUAGAGGAUGUUGGGUUAGGUAUAAUGUAAUGAUGAUGUAUUCUGUUGUUUCCAUUUAGAAAAUGGAUUUCUCAAGCAUUGUCAUAGUUUUAUACUGGGGUUUGAAUAUAAAAUGUAUGGUCAAUGUUGCCAUAAUAAUAUACAGGGGUUUAAUGGCAAAUUAUCAGUUUGUAAUAUUGUAAUUUUGUUAUUAUUAAUUCAUUUGGUUCAGUUUAAGACUAAUCUGGGCAUUUGUUGUUUUUCUUUACUUACAAAAUUUUUUUAUUUCAAUCUGUCUUGGUUGUGCAACCAAGAUAGAGAAAAGGGAGAAACUAUCAGUUAUUUUCAAUCAUGCAAUAAAUGUGGUCUUUUUUUCCAGUCUGUGAAAAUUGACAUGUAGUCCUCAAAAUGCAUAAAAUUAUUUAAUUAAAAUGCUGUUAGUUACAUUAGACAAUGGCUUGAAAAAAUUCUUUCUUGGUUAGGCAAACAGGUUAGAAGAACUAAAAUUUUAGACACAUCCCAAUGAUUUCUUGUGUUACUAAAAUGCUGUAGAAAUAAAUAAACACACAGUUUCACUCUAAAAAGUUUUGUACAAAUUCAUGACAUGUCUAAAAUCAGAUUGACCACCUUUGCAAAAUAAAAAAUUUAUCAAUAUUGCCUCAGUAAUAUUCUAGGGCUUCUAGGUAAAAUAUUCACUUUUUGAAGACUGUGACUCAAUGCAGACCUGGAGCGCCUGUAUAAAUUACAGACUCUGGUAUAUACCAGAUUCAAGCAAUUUGAAUGAAAAUUAUCUUAAAUGUAUAUAUUUUGUAACCAUGGUGAUACUAACCCUAACCUUUAGUCAGUAUAUUAUACAUAUACACUAAAUGCAUGCAGACAUGCAAUAAUUUGCGUAUUUUUGCCAUGCUUUCCAAUUGAUAAUCACUUCCGGACAUGGGGAGACGACCGCCCCAGCUCUGCAAUGAGCAACAUAGCUUUUUGAAUAGCUUACCAGUAAAUAGUCAAUAUGAAUGCCUUAGAUUCAAAAGAGUAAAGAAGGGCUGAUAGUAUAUACAACUUUCUUGCAUACCAGACGGGGAUUUCUGGUAUUUUUACUGGUGCUGAAAAAAUCCAUCUUACACCCCAGGGUGUAAGAUGACUCUCGUGCUUUAAAUGACGUAUUACGAACUACAUAUAUGUAGAAGAUUUAUGUAGUUAUUUAUAUUUUAUUUCGAAAAACGGAAUAAAAAUCCAAUACCUUGGCAGUUCCUCUUUGUUCCUCAUAGUAUAUUUCUCGAUUCAAAACACGUUAUUUUAUCAAAAAUUCAUAACGUUACGCUGGAACUGAUAAAACAAAACCGAAACUAAACAUUGUUAUUUGUCUUUGAAACGUCAUGACGUCUUUCCUGUUUACGGAAGUUGAUUUCCCGCGCUUUGUUUUAAUACGCUGCUAUAAGAAAUAAUUCUUAAACAAAAGCCGUUCGACUGAUUUUAUUUUUAUUAUUAUAUCUUGAUAUCGGUAUGCAAGAAAAAGAUUCUGUCACUGUUUAUGGUGCAGAUGGGAAUAUCCGGCUCUCGGGUAACUGUUUAGGCGGUAACUCGGUAGGAACCUCGUUACCGCCUAAACAGUUACCCUCGAGGCCGGAAAUUCCCAUCUGCACCUAUAACCAGUGAAAGAAUCUUAUAAUCUACCUUUUAAAAGGUCAAUGGUUAGAAUUAUUCAGCUAAGGCUAAGGCUAAAAAAAUAAUCCAUUCACCACUUUAAUGGUAGAUAGUUGUUUUCUUAUAUUGAACAUAUUGAACAGCAGUAAAAAGAUUUACACACUUCGGAAGAAUGUUCUUUCUUGUUUUUAACAGUUCUGCUCUUUUUUUGACCAUUUCAGUUUUUUGUUUGUUUUUUUUUUGUUUGUUUUUUUUUUUGGAACAGGUGAAACAUUGGUGAAAUUACUGUAAAUAUGAGUUUGAUUGUAUUUAUUUGAAUUUAAAGAAUAUAUUAAAACAUUUUUUUUUGUAAAUCCUUAGAUGUUUUAUAUAUGCUCAGUCUGCAUUUCUUCAAUUUCUUUACACAAUUGCAAGGACAACAGAGGAUGGGACUAUUCAAUCAUUUUCCAGAUUUAGCUGGAUAUGUGGUUAAUAUUCUUAUUUCAGGGGUCAAUAUUCAUUUCAGAAGAAAUAAGUCAAUAUCUCAUUUUGUUUGACCUCUUAUAUCCAGUUUUAAACCAGUUUACAGCAUGCAUAAUGAUAUGAUAUGUAAUAACUUUGAUUAUUGACUGGCAACCCGUUCAAUAACUGGGUUAAUUUUUACAUGACAUUAGAAAUAGAUUUCAGAUUUUUCUCUCAAGUUUGGAUUUUAGACCAACAUACCUAUGUAGAACUAUAUUCUGGUCAGUAGCACAAACUAUGGACAGGCAGUUUAUAUAAGGGGUUGUGUAAUAAUCAUGAAUAUUGCAACAGAAAUUUACUUGUGAUGUAAUGGUGAAAUACUUUAUCAAUACAGUUAUGUAAUAUUCUGUGGUUUUCAGGUAAACAACUAUAUCAACAGUAUCAAAGUACACGCAUUUGGUUUAAGAGUUAGAAUUUUUAUCAAUGUAUAACUUUCUAGGUCUUCUAGUAGCAACUUCUAAAAAUUGUUCCUGAUAUCACACAAUAAAUACCUAUUUGAUACACAAUUUAUUGUUUCGUCCACGGCUUCUAAGGUGUUCUUCUCUUUGCAGUUGAAACAGUUUCAUCAGAAUUGAAAACUGGACAAAAACAUUUUAUGUUGUGGUUAAACUUACCAUUUUCUUCCUCAUCUUUAAAGGAUGAUAGUCUGUGGUCUGGAGAUGAGGGUCACAGUGAUAUUGACCAUUCAGAUAGUCUCUGAUCCGUAUCUGUAGAAGACCUGUUAUAAUUACUGUCCUCAUUGUUUCAGUUGUGUUUUUUGGUUGAUUAACUGCAAUCUUCUUACAUAAUGAACUAUGUUUUAAAAAAAUAAAAAACAAAUUUGUCUGAAAAAGCCAUAUUAUGUCACAAGUUUUGUUCCAUUUUUACUGCCACUAACAAAUUUGAAGGUCAUUACAUGGUGAGACCUCAGUUCUCAGGAUUACAAUAUAAAUAUACAAUAUUUGCUGCCAGGGAAAAAAAGGUUGAUGUUAUUCAUAAGUUAUUCAUCCGCUAUAUCUGUUUGAAAUUUUGAACUAUUUCAGGCUAUAUAAGUAAAAUUCAUUUUAAAAGUCAUGUUCUGGCUCCCACCCACCUCUUAUAAAAAAAAAACUGAAGAAAAAUUCUAUGAUACUAAGAGUGCUUUAGGUUGUAUUCAAUUUUUGCAAAAUUUUCUCAGGAGUUAUCUGUUUAAAUCAGAUUUUGAUAACAUUUGGUCAGAAAUUGGCUUUUUGAGUUACAGUUUCACAAAAUUUCAUAAGAAAUUGUUGUUUUAAAUCAGAUUUUCACAGAAUUUUUUUCGGGAUUGUCUGAUUUUAGCAGAUUGUGAGUGAUUUUUUUAAGGUUAGCGAUUAAGGACCAUGAAGGCACUCGUGUUCUGGUAUUGUUCAAAUGCAGAUUAUUAAUACCUCUGGUUAUAUUUGUUUACCAAAGAUUGAUCGUUAAACUGUUUGCCAUAAUCAUAUUUUCAACUUUAUUUGCUGUUUUGCAAGAUUUUAAAAUAUGCGUCACGUGUAUGUGGUUUGUUUUUAUGCCCCCAAAGGGAGGCAUAUAGUUUUUGAACCGUCUGUCGGUCUGUCAGUCUGUCAGUCUGUCCGCAGUUUUCGUGUCCAGUCCAUAUCUUUGUCAUCGAUGGAUGGAUUUUCAAAUAACUUGGCAUGAAUGUGUACCACAGUAAGACGACGUGUCAAACGCAAGACCCAGGUCCGUAGCUCAAAGGUCAAGGUCACACUUAGACGUUAAAGGUCAUUUUUCAUGAUAGGGCAUUCGUGUCCGGUCCAUAUCUUUGUCAUCCAUGGAUGGAUUUUCAAAUAACUUGGCAUGAAUGUGUACCACAGUAAGACGACAUGUCGCGCGCAAGAACCAAGUCCGUAGCUCAAAAGUCAAGGUCACACUUAGACGUUAAAGGUCAUUUUUCAUGAUAGUGCAUUCGUGUCCGGUCCAUAUCUUUGUCAUCCAUGGAUGGAUUUUCAAAUAACUUGGCAUGAAUGUGUACCACAGUAAGACGACGUGUCAUGCGCAAGACCCAGGUCCGUAGCUCAAAGGUCAAGGUCACAGUUAGAUGUUAAAGGUCAUAUUUCAUGAUAGUGCAUUGAUGGGCGUGUCCGGUCCAUAUCUUUGUCAUUCAUGCAUUGAUUUUAAAAUAAUUGGGCAUGAAUGUGUACCACAGUAAGACGACGUGUCGCGCGCAAGACCCAGGUCCGUAGGUCAAAGGUCCUAAUCUCUAACAUCGGCCAUAACUAUUCAUUCAAAGUGCCAUCGGGGGCAUGGGUCAUCCUAUGGAGACAGCUCUUGUUUCAGUUAUUUUUGAAAUCCUAAGUUCUUGUUUAUAUCAGUUUUCUUAAUUGCUUUAUUUGUUUUAACUUUACAUGUGUUUUGAAACGUUAACUCUGUACUGCCAUGUGUUUACAUAUAAUUAUGUUGGAUUUAUUCUCACAUUCCUUUUUAUCAAUGUGUUAAGACUUUCUGGAAUUUUUCCAUGUGCAAUUAAAGUAUCUGCUGAAAUCUU